AUUUUCAUUCCUCUUCUUCAGAAGUUCAACCAACCGCUCGAAAUCGGCACAAAAGUUCAGUCGUCGGCAGCCGUUUCUGAAUCAAAAUGAAGCUAUUCUGUACAGUUGUGUUCGCCUCGUUGAUCUGUAUCGUUUCCUCCAUUGGACCGACCAGAUGGAGUUACGCCUCCGUACAUCAACUUCCUUAUUUUAAUGCACCGACAUCACUGGGACCCGUGCAGGAUGUGGCAUUUCAUCCGGAGAGUCGCGUACCCCAGAAGGCCGACCAAGACACCAUGUUGGUUCUAGGCUCUCAUGUGAGAUGUCUAAAGGAAUUGCAAGCACUGAAGGAGCGAUUGGAUGGAACUACGGAUUGUACCGCUUCUGAUUUAAAGAAAGAAUUCUUAGAAAUUUCAAAGCGGCUAGCGGAAACAAAUACAAUUGUGCUGAAUUUGAAGAAGGAAAUGACAGAAAUGUCACGACAUUCGACGGAAACUGCGCAACGGUUAGCUGAAACGAAUGCCGAUGUUUUGAAUUUGAAAAAGACGUUAAAUGCAUCUGUGGUUGAGCUAACGGCGACUAAGAAUAACUUGAUGGAUAUGACAGCAGCUUUUGCCGACCUUGAAAAGGAGUCAGAAAGAAAUUCGGACGGUUUAGAACAAGCAAAUGCGAAAAUGGAGGUCUUAAAAACUGAAUUGAAAAAGACUACGACGGAUCUGGCGGCCUUAAAAUUAAUUACAGCUAAUGCAACGACAUCUCUUGCAAGUGUUAAUGCGAAUUUUAUUGCGAUUCAACAAGAUUUGAAUGUCAUCAAGGCUGAUGUUAUUGCUUUAAAAGCAACAAGUUCGAGUGACAAACCCUCAUCCAUCGGAAAAAUUCCGGCUUCCUGUGCCGACUUACGACAGUUAGGAAACGGAAAAAGUGGAUUGUAUAAUAUAAAAUCCGACAAAAAGAUCAAGAUUGCGUAUUGCGAUUUUACCAAGCCGUCUACCGACGCAGGUUUCCAAAAUUCAAUUGGAUCCUUAGACGUGAAAUCCUCGACUACUUCCUUUUACGUUCAACUGGGCAAGGAUUUUAGCGAAGCCAGAUCUCCGAUUCCAUUCGUCAAGGAGUUACUAAACGUGGGAGGAGCCUACAAUGGAACGAGUCGAAAAUUCACGGCACCCGUCACGGGAAAAUAUUUUUUCACCUUAACUGGAGUAGUGGCUUUCCCGGCAACCGUGUCUGAUAAUUCUUAUUUGCAAUUGGCUCUGUACAAGAACGGUGGCGAAAUUGGGCGGGCUUUUUCUGACGAGAUGAGUGACAUUCGCAAACACGGCACCAUUUCUUUGCAGUCAACACUCGAUUUGACCAAAGGUGAUCAAAUAUGGCCAAUGAUUUCCUUUAUCGCACCGAGCGUUUAUUUGGUUGGCCAUGGCUAUACUCAUUAUUCUGGUUUCUUGCUCGACGAGGAUUUUAUGUGAUAGUCUUUAAAAUAAGGUUUUGGAUUGGGCGGGGCAUUACAAACUGGGUGUAUUUGGAAUACAAAAUGUGACUCUAAAUUGAA